AUGGCACUAUUGAAACUAUUUCGCUCUUCAGAAAAUUUACGAUCUACUGCUAAUAAAAAGAAUGAUGGUGUCAAUGAAAAACGGAAUAAUACCAGUGGUGGUCUUAUGAGGCGAUCUACUACAUUUACUAGAAGCAAAUCACUUCCUAGAUCUAAAAGUAAUAUAAAUAAUAACACUAAUAAUAAUACUAAUAACACUAAUAAGAAUACGGCCAAGAACACCACCAAGAACACCAAUGAUUUCGGAAAAUCACAAAAUAAACCAAACAACGCCGUUCAUAAUCAUGAUAAUACUAAAAUCAACGCAUCAAAUUCGAGAAAAUAUCAAACAAAACCCAAUCAAAUAAGUUCUAAAUCAUCAACACCGACACAGCAAGGGGACUCGACCAAGUCUCCAACAGUAAAAAACAAUGCUAGAGUAACUGUGUCCAAUGGUGCUACAAACUCUGCACCUAGGCAGGAUACUUUAAGUAGGAUGAACACCUUUACUACUGCAAAAAAUAUUCUUCUUACGGAUAUACCUGACGUUCUGGCCACGCCUGCUCACAGUACCAACGGUAGCAAUCCCAAAACCGCUUAUUUAAAUAAUAAAGAUAGUAUUAGCACCAGGAACACCCCCAGAGGACCAAAUGCCACGAGUAGCAAUUUAAGUACACCGAAUAGCAUCAAUCCACUGAAAAAAAUGCCCACCAACUCAUCUUCCGCCUUAACAGACCUUACAUUUUCGUCCCCUAUGGAUACUAGCGGCACCGCUACUGCAACGACCACCGCCACCACCACUACUACAACCAAUAAUAACAAACAAAAUAACGAAAAUAACAACGAUGGGAAUAAUGACAAUACAAUUUCUGAUUUGGAUACACAAGCGAAUGGCAAUGCCAUACAUAGAAGAGAAUUUUCCGCAGAUAUGUGCCCCUUACAAUUCAAAAUGUCAUUAAAUAAAUUAAAUAAACAUUGCACUUCCAUGAGUAUAGAUACUUCGAGAGUAUUAUCACCAUCAUUAGCUGGUAAUGGCGCACGAGUCCAGGAUAAUGCUGCUAGCCCUUCCAUACAGCACACUUCGCCUACAAGUGAUAAUAGCAAAAAUUUACGGUUUGAGCAUAUUUCUGAGUCUAUGCGUCCAUCAAUGGAUUUUGAACGUAUUCCUAGUAAAUUUGAAAAGACAGCUUCAGGUACGAAAUUGCAUGUUUCAAAUUUAGACCCUACCGAUAGAUCACAUACGAAUUCCUCCAGGAACAUUAAAAAAAUCGACGCAACUGGCAACUCUAAUAUAUAUAUCAGUAAAAAUAAUACAAGAAACAUUUCUGAAAUAUAUAAGAAACUAGAGGACGAAAAGAAGGCUUUGAAUAAAAACUAUUAUGGCCCCGGUGGUAAUAGCCAAAAUACAGGGGUUGAAAAUUCCGCUGGAAAUACAUUAUUGCUGAACCAGAAUGAUGAUCUGAUUUUAUCCGAUUUUAAUAGAGAGGGUAUUUUUAAUAGUAUAUUCGAAUCGAUAGAUAGAAAUCAGUUUAUUCAAUAUUUAGAAAACCCAAACCAUAUAAAAGUUUUCAAAAAAAAAAAAAUCUAUUCACCUUUAUCGAGAUUUAUAUUGGCUCAAGAACUAAAACACGAUAAGCAACAACAACAACAACAACAAUAUCAAAUACACCAAAGAAAAACAUCUUCUGUCGAUGAUCCAACUAGUUCUAUUUCCGAAAAUACCAUUUGGUGCUUAGAAUUUAGCCAUGAUGGAAAAUUUCUCGCUUCUGCUGGAAAAGAUAACACGAUUAGAGUUUGGAAAGUUAUCGCAACACCACUGGAAAGAGUGGAAAUGAAUAACACUUGUUCCAAAAGAGACUCUUUAAUCUCCUCCGGAUACUCUUCUGCAAGCCCAUCCCGGUCAGCUGGGUAUGCAACGGGAUCUUCGACAACUAGUUGUAAUAAUAAUAACAGCAACAAUAAUUUAAAUGUCAAUGACGUAAAUUUGGUGGAUGAUAUCUUUGGCGAAUCUACUUAUAAAAACAACUUAGAAGAUGAUAACCACUAUGGGCUCUCUCCAGAUGAGGAAGAGUCAAACCUAUAUGCCCCAGUUUUCCAUCCUCAACCUCAUAGGAUAUUCACUGGGCAUACUCAUGAUAUUUUAUCCUUGGAUUGGUCCAAAAAUAAUUUUUUGUUAACUGGCUCAAUGGACAAGACCGUUAAGUUAUGGCAUUGCGAUAAAAAGACUUUUUUAAAAAGUUAUUUGCAUCCUGAUUUUGUUACUUCCAUUAAAUUCCAUCCCAAGGAUGAUAGGUUUUUUGUCAGUGGAUGCUUGGAUCACUACAUAAGAAUGUUUUCUAUAUUGGAAGAUGAAUGUGUUUAUGAAUUUGAUGUUGGGGAUUUAAUUACCACCAUUGAAAUCUCGCCCAAUAAUGGCAAGUAUGUUUACGUUGGCACAUUUAAUGGAUAUGUUAUGGUUUUUUUAACCAGGGGACUCACGCUACUGUUUUGUUUCCACAUUCCAAAUUCUAAACAUAGUAGUGAGAAAAUUGAGAUUAUCAAUGAUAAAUUAAUGGCCGGCGCUAAUGCUCGCUCUGCGAACCAGACAGUCUUAGUUAUCCAGCCAGGACCCAAAAUUACAGGGAUUCAAUGUUUCCAAGAGGAAAAUGAUUUAAAACUAUUAGUAACUUCCAAUGACUCCAGAAUUAGAAUUUUCAGUUUGUUGCAAAGGAAAUUGUUGGAAGUCUUGAAAGGCUUUGAAAACGACUCUUUACAAUUAAAAGCCACGGUUAGGUUGGGCACUCCGAAUGAUUUAAAUUCUCCAACUAUCGUGGUUGUUCCCAGUGAAAACCAUUGGAUAUAUGCUUGGAAAUUGAAAUCGUCUGAGCUAGCCAAAUUGAAUAGACUGAAACCAGGACAUUCUCAUCUCUCUGAACUAGGUGUUUCUGCCACGUCUUCAUACACUCUGAAAUUACGAUCUUCCUUUCAGUUUAAAAGAAAUAGCAAUGCAUUUGUACAAAACACAAUGGACCCUGGGCAACAACCACCUCAAAGAAAAAAAAGUUAUAUUAAGAGGUUUCUCGACAAAAUCAACCCAAUGGCUCACAAUAAUAGUAAUACUAACAAUGGUAACAAGAAUAAAAACGUCUAUUACACCAAAGACCCUGCUACUGCCAGAAGCAGCAUGGAUAGGUCAAAUCUUAGAGUACAAAAUUAUGAUCCAAAUACACCGGUUUUUAAAAAUAAUGAUUAUAUUGCCUUUCAUGCGCAUCACCACGCAGUUACUGCUGUGUCAAUUGCUCCUAAAGCGGCCCAAAAAGUAUUAGCGUUGUCCAAUGAUUUCAUUUAUGAAUUAACUAUGCUAUUAAAUGAUGAGGAUGGUGCUUCAUCGAAAACUUAUAAGAGCAAAGGAAAUUCAACGGCAAGCGAUGGUAAGACUACAAGUGUUUUACGCGGAGUAUUUUCCAGUAUUAAUGAGGGGAUGAUUGUGGUUAGUGGUGAUUGUAAGGGGAAUAUAAGGGUGUUUAGAACAGACAUAUCUGAUUUGACCAGAGAAAGAUUGUUGUAUAAAUUGAAAAUCUAUAAUAGCCACCAUUCUUUAGCAAGAGCCCCGAGUGUUUACUCGAAAAAUAAUGCUGUUAUCAAUAGUGCAUCAGGUAAUGCUAUAAAUAACAUAGGGAAUGUUGGUUUGUCGAGGAACAAGUCAUUAAAUAACAUAUGCCAUCGUCAAAAUUCAUUUAGAAACAAGAGAAAAGGUACUAAUAGUUCCGCUGAAGAUUUACUUGCUAAUGUCAUACAUAUAGGUCGUAAUGGAAGUUUAAAAAAAGAUGCGGAACAUUAUUACCUGACAGGGCCUGUAGGAGCCACUGGAUCUUCUAAAAUAAAUAGAAGCAACACUGUUAAAAGUCUACAAUCAUUGGCUUCAUUUAAUAACACCAUUUCUGAUAACCAUACGACUAGCUUUGACACCGGUUUUCAUGGUAACUCUACUAUUAACAAUGGUAGUGCCAACAAUACUUUAUUUUCAACUUUUCUUGGCAACCAAAAAACCAUUUCUCAACAGGACUCGGAUUAUGCUACUGGUCAUAUCAGUAACAUUUCGAACGCACUACCAUCUUUGUCGACAUCACCGUCGCCGUUAUCUGGAUCCAAAGCCCAGCAUGCUAAUGGCACCAUUGUGUAUUCUGAGCAACCGCAGCAUCAGUAUGGUAGUACCUCAACUUUGCUAAGAAGCUCUAACGGACACCUGUACGAUAAUGUUUCAAAUAUAGGUAGUGGUAUUAGCGCAAACACUGCAGUGACAACUAUCAGUACUAGUGGUACCGCUGGUGUAAAUAACAUACUGGAUCCGCAUCUGAAGUGCAAUGUUUGCGGUGGCACAAACUUUAAAGUAUUCAAACCCAAUUUUAGAUCAGAGUCCGCACCUGUGGGAUUCUAUUGUUCGGACUGUGGCAAUCAAAUGAAUAGAUUUAGAUAG